AUGGCGCACAAGGGCGGGCAUGUGGAUCCAUCUGCGGUGUACGUCAUGGGCGUGGUGCACAUGGUAUUGCUUUGGCUAGCCGUCGCACUACUUUUGGUGUCUGUGGUGUGGUUUAAGGAUUGCCUUUUACGCACUGUGUCGAGAUUUUUUUACUACUACUGUGGAUUUGCCGUUUGUGUAGUUAUUCUCAACGUAACGUAUGAGAUUUUCUGCGACAGCCAAAGCGUGCUGCGUGUCUCCUUCGCUUGGGCAGCACACCUAGGUGCCAUCUCUUGGCUUCUGUUGGUGAUGCGUUGCAUGUGGUACGCCUAUGUGCCUGACGCGGUUGUCGCCUUUGCGCUGCUGUCGCUCGCCUUGACGGAGUGGGUGUGUGUGGCGUUGCAGUGUCUCUCAGACGACCUUCGUCUUAUUGAAAUCAUGUUUACCGCCUGCCUGGCGGUGCCCCACACGCUUGCCUUUGUUACACUUGUGAGGUGGGACUGGCUUAUGGUCAAGGGCAUCACUGAUAUUUUUCACUGCGAAGAUGCGGUUGACCCAAACAGUGACGACGACCAGGCGUUUCCACUGCAUACGUUGCCGCUGAGCCGUGAACUGAGUGUUGGUGUGUCGUGUUCGGAGGUGCAGCUCGACAGGGGGCGUACUGUCGUUGCCGCACUCGCGCGACGGUGGGGUGUGAUGUAUGCUAUACUGGCGCUGGUGCGCCUUCUGUAUGACGUUGGGGGUCUUCUGCCGGCGUACCUCCUACGGCUGCUGGUUGACAAUCUCAUGCAGGCAAACCUGGGUGACAAGAAGCAUCGUGGGGAUUUUCGCAGUUCUGUCGUUUUAAUUUUUCUAAUCGUCGCCUGUACAUUAGCGGGGACGUUUCUGCGCAUACACUACAACAUGAAACUGCAGAAGAUGGCUCUUUACAACCGAGGUGUAUUAACUAUGGAGCUCUUCCGAUGUGGACUCUGCCGUCGACGUUAUCAAUUUGGUGACAAGACCCAAGGAGACAUCAUCAAUCACCUUUCCGUGGAUGUGCAGCGUGUUGCUGAUGCCGUGCAGACGCUGAAUGAUCUCUGGGCUUUACCGCUUCAGUUGGCAUUCGCCCUCUACCUUUUGUACAUGCAGGUCUCUUUCGCGUUUCUCGCUGGGGUGGCUGUCACCCUUGUCCUCAUUCCAUUGAAUGCGUUGCUCGCUAAACGCAUCAAGAAUGUGCAAACAGGCCUUAUGCGGGAAAACGAUGAACGCGUGCUGACCAUCACGGAAAUUGUGAAUAAUAUUGUGUACGUGAAGAUGUGUGGAUGGUCACGUAUGGCGAAACAAUGGGUGGAGGAGCCCCGAGGACGCUACAUGAAGUAUCUUCGAUGGCUCAAAUACCUCGACGCAUUCUGCGUCUUUUUCUGGGCUGUUACGCCAACCCUAGUGUCACUACUCACAUUUAUCACAUUCAUGUGGAUGGGUGGGCAGCUGACGCCAGGCAAGGCCAUCACAGCCUUGGCGUUGUUCGGCAUGCUGAUUUCCCCCCUGAACGCGUAUCCAUGGGUGAUAAACGGUUUUGUGGAAGUCUACGUCUCGUGGCGACGUCUACAGCCGUUUCUUUCGAUGCCGUUGGGCGAUAGCAGUCUGAACCACUCAGAUUAUUUCAUGAAGAGGGAUGACAACACGACGAUUGGCACUACCGAAGAGGAGUUGGGGGUGGAAAUGGGCACACUGGGCGAAGUUCAACCUCUCUUACAAGAGGAGUCCACAAUAGGCUACUCAUACUUGUUAAAGCAGCCGAAGUCUAGCAGUAUCGGGGGAAAUAGCAUUCACUCUCCACAAAAAAAUGGCAAUUCUACCCUCGUUGAUAUUGAGCAGGGUUGCGUAACUAUAGACAUGCCUACCAACAAUAUGGAGCUGCAGACAAAGUUCGAGUUACGUAUUCCGAAAUUCCAGGCAUCUCGCGGUCAACUCAUCGUCAUUGUGGGGUACGCUGGGUCAGGAAAGAGCACUUUCCUCAAUGGUCUAGCCGGUGAACUGGUGAUAGCACGGAAUUCGGCUGCUGUUUCUAGUGCUGCUGCUGAUGCCACUGCCGUCGUAUCCAUUGCACGGGAUUCUAUGGCCUACGUGGAGCAGCAGCCCUUCCUGAUGGCAGGAACGCUGCGUGAAAACAUCCUCUUUGGCCACACGUACGACCCCGAGCGGUACGAAGCCGUGAUGAAUGCUGUUGCCCUUGCGGAGGAUAUUCGCUGCCACUUUGGUCCAGACGGUGAUUUCUGUUCUGUCGGGGACCGCGGCGGGCGGUUGAGUGGUGGCCAAAAGGUGCGCGUGGCGUUGGCGCGCGCACUCUAUGCCAACAAAGAUGUGUGCCUCGUCGACGAUAUCCUCGGUUGCCUCGAUGCCACGGUAGCGCACCACGUGAUACGGGAGGCACUCGUGGCGGCGGCAAGGCGCGGCUGCUGCGUUAUCGCCGCGACACACAGCAAGGAGCUAAUAGAGAAUGCGGACAUUGUGUACACAUGUACAAACGGGAACCUCAUUUUAAUUGACUGGACGACUAUUGCAACCUCGUUGCCAUCUCUAUCAUUUGCACGGCCGCGCGACGAAAAAGGAAGAGAGGAAAGUUUACUGCUACACAACAACGGAACGACUGAGACUGUGGAGCCACUUGCGAGUAUGGAAGGAAUGAUGUCGUCAUCUUCUACGACCCUCGAGUCCUCCGAGCGUGGGACACUUGCAUGGGGUACUCUGACAUGUUACCUCAGUCUCAUCGGCUGGGGAUUGACCACACUUAUUGUAGUUUCCGUCGUCGCCAUGCAAGCCGCGCGCAACGUCAGCGAUCAGUACGUUGUUGUGUGGUCAAAAAAUGGUAACGGCGACGUGGCUACAUUCUUGCGCGUACUAGGUUCACUGGCAGUACUUAAUAGUGUACUGGCGCUCGCCCGUGGAUUUAGCUUCGCAGUUGGGGGCCUGCGGGCUGCGCAGAAACUGCACGACAAGCUUCUAUGUCAUGUGUUGUCUGCCACCUUUACAUUCUUCUCUAAUACGUCUCCAGGCCGGAUCAUCAACCGGCUCUCAAGUGACAUCUACACGAUUGAUGAAUCCCUGCCGUUCAUCGCCAACAUUCUCUUGGCGCAGACCUUUCUUCUUAUUGGCUCUGUGGUUAUUAUUAUUCUUAACUCUACAGCAGCGGUUGCACUGGCACUCAUCCCACUUGCAGUGCUUUAUUAUCACAUUCAGCGCCCGUACCGUCGCGUUUCGCGUGAGUUGCGGCGGCUGGAAGAGACGGUACGGGCGCCGUUGCUUGACGCCCUGCGUGACGAGUUGGAUGGCGGUGUGGUGAUGCGGUCUUUUGGCUCAGACACAGUGCGAGCCCACCUGCGUCGUGUGCAGAGGAGUCUCGACAUGUACCUUCGCGUGCAGUACAACUCACUUCUACUGAAUGCGUGGUUUGCUCUCCGUCUGGAGCUGGUAGGCGUACUGCUGCUCGUUCUCGUCGGUGGUGUUGCUGUUUACAACCAUGGCUCUACCCACGCGCCGAUGUUGGGACUUGCCCUCGCUUACGUUCAGCCACUGACAUCGUACUUGAACGGUGUUCUUGGAGCCUUCACCUCCACGGAGAAGGAGCUCAUCAGCGUGGAGCGGGUGCGGCAGUACUUUGAACUAGCAACUGAGGAUGCUGGGGAGGAGUAUACACCUUGUUCCCCUGGUUUCUACUGGCCUUUUCUCGGCACAAUUGAAUUUACAAAUGUGUCCAUGCGAUAUGACGCGGAUGAAGGCCAAGUGCUGCAUAAAAUCACUUUCCACGUGGAGGCUGGAGAGAAGGUUGCCAUUGUGGGACGAACGGGUGCUGGCAAGUCCUCCAUUUUUGCUGCGCUUCUGCGUCUGGUUUGCAUCGAGGAGGGCCGCAUUACAAUUGACGAAAUUGACAUUAAUCAGUUACCGCUGGAGGUGCUUCGUACUCGCCUGGGUGUUCUCCCUCAACAGCCUUUCAUCUUCCACGGCACCCUCCGCAGGAAUGUGGACCCCUUUGGGCUCCAUACAGAUGACGAUAUCCGUGCAAGUCUUGCCUGCGUCGGGCUAACUGAUUUUAGUCUUGAUCUAAGUAUAUUUGAAAGGGGCAAUGUGAGUGGUGGUCAACGGCACCAAAUAGCAGUUGCGCGUGUGCUUCUGCAGCGGUCGCGUGUGCUGCUCUUGGACGAGCCCACAUCACAAUCGAACCAAGAGGCAGAAUCCUCACUCUGGCUGGCGCUGGACGCCCACCUGAAGGGAACAACAGUCCUUUGCAUCACGCACAAGCUCACCCACAUUGAUUUUUUUGAUCGCAUAAUUGUCAUUGACAAGGGGCGUGUUGUAAAGAGUGGCACGCCUGCACAUCUCCGUUGUGAUGGCGCAUGGCCGUUCUUUUCAACCACAGAAAGACCCCUCUCCGCCCAAUGCGUCAAAAACAAAAUGACAAGGUAA